AUGGGAUUCAGCAGCGUGCUUGGGCAGCUCCUGGCGACCUUGAUUUUCUGCGCUGUCCGGGCUACGGCGACGGCAGCUUUCACCAACUCCUUCGCAGAUGUCACGAGCGGGUCUAGUGUGUCGUUGACGUGGGAUUCCGUGCCAUCACAGUACUACCCACUAUGCAUUACGGCACAGGUUAUUGACAAGACCGGCGAUGGGUUCAGCGCGAAUGCCUAUCGUGCUAACAUUACGACGGGCGCAAGCGGGACCUCGUAUUCGUGGUCAGGCAUACCGUUUCCGCUCCGCUUGAUACCCGGCGGGUUGUAUCAGCUCGAGCUCCGGCCCAUCUCCCCAGUCGCCGGCGAAGUGCCAGUGCUGGCCAAAUCGCCGUUCUUUGGAAUCAGUGACCCGGGGAAUGAGGCGCAGCCGGAUGGACCGGCAGAAAGCGGCGGUGGUGGCAGGAGUGACGACUCGUCAGGAAUCAGCAAGCCCGUCGCUAUCGGAGUCGGCGUAGCCAUCGGGGUACCCUCGAUCGCGGGAACGUUAUUCAUUGUGUGGUAUCUGCGAAAGCGGCACCGCAAGGCAGCCGCAGAAAAGCGGCGGCUCAAGAGGAGCGAUUUUGUUAUCAGUUAA